GCUAAAAACAAAAACAAAGGAAACUACAAAAUAAAAUUACAAGAGGAGAAAGUAGAAGCGCAAGUGCAGAACCCCAAACCUUCGACGGGUAAAACCAAAUUCAGAAGCAAAGAAUGACGUCAUCGUCCAGCAGCGGCCUAACCUUCAAGCUGCAUCCGCUGGUAAUCGUCAACAUAUCGGAUCACUACACCCGGGUGAAGUCCCAGAUGAACCCUCCACCCACAUCCACCUCUACCUCUGGUACCGUUAAUAAUAACAAUAGCAACGGCGUGGAGCUCCAUCAGCAAUUUCCUCGAGUCUACGGAUGCGUCAUAGGGGUCCAGAGGGGUCGCACCGUCGAGAUCUUCAACAGCUUUGAGCUUCUCUAUGAUCCCUCCAGUCACUCCCUCGACCGCUCCUUCCUCGAGAAGAAACAGGAGCUCUAUAAGAAGGUUUUCCCUCACUUUUAUAUACUUGGAUGGUACUCCACUGGGAGCGAUGCCGAGGAAUCCGAUAUGCACAUUCAUAAAGCUUUGAUGGAUAUUAAUGAAAGCCCUCUCUAUGUGCUUCUCAAUCCUGCAAUCAAUCAUGCCCAAAAGGAUCUUCCAGUCACCAUUUAUGAAAGUGAGCUGCACGUCAUAGAUGGGAUUCCACAGCUUAUUUUUGUCCGGUCAAGCUACACCAUUGAGACGGUUGAAGCAGAAAGGAUCUCUGUAGAUCAUGUUGCCCAUCUAAAGCCAUCUGAUGGAGGCUCAGCAGCAACUCAAUUGGCUGCUCAUCUUACUGGUAUACAUAGUGCCAUCAAGAUGUUGAAUAGCAGAAUCAGGGUGCUUCAUCACUAUCUUGUUGGAAUGCAAAAAGGUGAUAUUCCUUGCGAAAAUUCACUUUUAAGGCAAGUAUCAAGCCUCCUUAGAAGGUUGCCUGCCAUUGAAUCAGAAAAAUUUCAAGAUGACUUUCUGAUGGAAUACAAUGACACAGUAUUAAUUACUUAUCUUGCAAUGUUCACUAACUGCUCAAGCACAAUGAAUGAGCUAGUCGACAAAUUCAACACCGCGUAUGAUAGGCAUAGCCGAAGGGGUGGGCGGACUGCUUUCAUCUGAGUGUGGCUAACUUGAUGACUCUUCUGGGAGGCAGUCUUUCUGUGCAUAGCACUUAGAUGCUUAGGAGUUAUGCUGGAAAGGGGGUUGAAGUGAUUGUGAGAGAAAUAGAUAUGAGAAUUAGAUGUUGUCACUUUUGUUGAUUUUUUUUUGGUAAGACUUGUUGUUAUUAUUUGUUAGUAUGCCUGUUGGGGUGGAGAGAUUGGUGAUGCUGUUUCUGUUUGUCAGUGUUUUAAAGUCUCAAGGUAAUUAAUUUAUAGGGUCUUCCAACUUCCAAAAGUGAUCAAGUGCAUAUCUUGUAUAAUGCAUUUAUGGUGUCGUCGUGUUGAUAAAAUGAAGAGCACUUUCUUGCUGUUUUGCAUGUGAAAUAUAUUGUGAUGUCGAAUGAUAAAUAUUUA